ACGGAGCGCAGGCGAGCGGAGCGGCGAGGGUGCCUCGGCGCGCACAGGAUGUGGUUACAACCUUGAGGAGCUGCUGGUCCCAGCAGAAAGGCUUUAGGCAGCCAGAUUGGACCCAGAGAGCAGCCUGGGAGGAGCGCCAUUUAACCCUAGGUCUCUUUCUCCAGAAAAAAUAAUAACAACAACAGUAAUAAUAACAAUAAUAAUAAAAAAGAGCAAAGAGGAACCCCUCUGCGAGGAGCCACUGGAUGAGGGAGCUGGAGUGCCCCGGGUGAUUCAGUCACGGUGGUCUUCCUGGAGGAGGUAGGCGGAAGACCCCAGGUGUGGCAUCCUAGCAUAUCAAGCGACUUCCAAGGAGGUGCCCAAGACUCAGAACUGACCCUGCUGGGGUGCCCACAGAGUGGGGAGAAUGAGGCUCCUCCGUCGACGCCACGCGUCCCUGCGCCUGGCCAUGCUGGGCAGCGCCUUCGUGCUCUUCCUCUUCAUCCGGCAGAGGGACGAAGGUAGCAGGGAACAAGCCACGGAGAAACCGUGGCUGAAGUCGCUGGUGGGCCAGAAGGAUCAUGUCCUGGACCUCAUGCUGGGGGCCGUGAAUAACCUUCGCGAUUCCAUGCCCAAGCUGCAGAUCAGGGCUCCAGAACCCAAGCAGACUCUGCUCUCCACAAACCAAUCCUGCCUUCCUGGGUUCUACAUCGCUGAUGAGUUGAAGCCCUUCUGGGAAAGGCCACCACAGGAUCCUAAUGGCCCUGGGGCAGAUGGGAAGGCAUUUAAGAAAACCAAGUUGACCCCACUGGAGACCCAGGAAAAGGAAAAGGGCUAUCAGAAGCACUGCUUCAAUGCCUUUGCCAGUGACCGAAUCUCCCUGCAUAGGGCCCUGGGUCCAGACACCCGGCCACCUGAGUGUGUCAACCAGAAAUUCCCGCGCUGUCCCCCACUGCCCACUACCAGUGUGAUCAUCGUGUUCCACAACGAGGCCUGGUCCACGCUGCUGCGCACGGUGUACAGCGUCCUGCACACCAGCCCCGCCAUCUUGCUGAGGGAGAUCAUCCUGGUGGACGACGCCAGCACAGAGGAAUACCUGAAGGCGAAGCUGGAGCGCUACGUGCAGCGGCUGCAGAUCGUGCGCGUGGUGCGGCAGCGCACGCGGAAGGGGCUGGUGCCCGCGCGGCUGCUGGGGGCCAGCGUGGCGCGGGCAGAGGUGCUCACGUUCCUUGACGCCCACUGUGAGUGUUUCCAUGGCUGGCUGGAGCCCCUUCUGGCUCGAAUUGCUGAGGUCAAGACAGCAGUGGUGAGCCCAGACAUUGUCACCAUUGACCUUAACACUUUCCAGUUCUUGAAGCCCGCUUGGAGGGGCCGCGUCCACAGCCGUGGCAACUUUGACUGGAGCCUGAACUUUGGCUGGGAGGUUGUGCCUGCGCAUGAGAAGCAGAGACGCAAGGAUGAGACUUACCCCAUCAAAUCCCCAACGUUUGCUGGUGGCCUCUUCUCCAUCUCCAAGUCCUACUUUGAGCACAUCGGUACCUAUGAUAAUCAGAUGGAGAUCUGGGGAGGGGAGAACGUGGAAAUGUCCUUCCGGGUAUGGCAGUGUGGGGGCCAGCUGGAGAUCAUCCCGUGCUCUGUGGUAGGCCACGUGUUCCGCAGCAAGAGCCCCCAUACCUUCCCCAAGGGCACCAGUGUCAUCACCCGCAACCAGGUGCGUCUGGCUGAGGUCUGGAUGGACGACUACAAGAAGAUUUUCUACAGGCAAAAUAAACGGGCAGCAGAGAUGGCCCAGGAGAACUCCUUCGGUGAUAUUUCGGAGCGACUGCAGCUAAGGGAACAACUACGCUGCCACAACUUUUCCUGGUACCUGGAAAACAUCUACCCGGAGAUGUUUGUUCCGGACCUGAAUCCCAUUUUCUAUGGAGCCAUCAGGAACCUCGGCACCAACCAGUGCCUGGACGUGGGUGAGAACAACCGCGGAGGGAAGCCCCUCAUCAUGUAUAUGUGCCAUGGCCUGGGCGGCAAUCAGUACUUUGAGUACACAACCCAGAAGGACCUUCGUCACAACAUUGUGAAACUGCUGUGUCUACACGCCAGUGCCAGCACUCUGGGCCUCAGGAGCUGUCACUUUACUGGCAAAAACAGCCAAGUGCCUAAGGACGAGGAAUGGGAACUGACCCAGGAUUGGCUCAUCAGGAACUCAGGAUCUGGUACCUGCCUGACAAUUCAGGACAAGAAGCCAGCCAUGGCCCCCUGUAAUCGCAAAGACCCCCACCAGCUCUGGCUUUUUGUCUAAGCCCCAGGUUAUCCUCAAAGUCACAGUCCUGAGAUCUGGAAGAGUACCCCUGCAGCCACGGUCCUCCUGAGCUCUGGAAGAGUACCCCCACGGCCACGGUCCUCCUGAGCUCUGGAAGAGUACCCCUACGGCCACAGUCCUCCUGAGCUCUGGAAGAGUACCCCUACGGCCACGGUCCUCCUGAGCUCUGGAAGAGUUCCCCUACGGCCACGGUCCUCCUGAGCUCUGGAAGAGUACCCCCGCGGCCACGGUCCUCCUGAGAUCUGGAAGAGUACCCCUACGGCCACGGUCCUCCUGAGCUCUGGAAGAGUACCCCUACGGCCACGGUCCUCCUGAGAUCUGGAAGAGUACCCCUACGGCCACGGUCCUCCUGAGCUCUGGAAGAGUACCCCUACGGCCACGGUCCUCCUGAGCUCUGGAAGAGUACCCCUACGGCCACGGUCCUCCUGAGCUCUGGAAGAGUACCCCUACGGCCACGGUCCUCCUGAGCUCUGGAAGAGUACCCCUACGGCCACGGUCUUCCUGAGCUCUGGAAGAGUACCCCUACGGCCACGGUCCUCCUGAGCUCUGGAAGAGUACCCCUACGGCCACGGUCCUCCUGAGCUCUGGAAGAGUACCCCCGCGGCCACGGUCCUCCUGAGCUCUGGAAGAGUACCCCUACGGCCACGGUCCUCCUGAGAUCUGGAAGAGUACCCCUACGGCCACGGUCCUCCUGAGCUCUGGAAGAGUACCCCUACGGCCACGGUCCUCCUGAGCUCUGGAAGAGUACCCCUACGGCCACGGUCUUCCUGAGCUCUGGAAGAGUACCCCUACGGCCACGGUCCUCCUGAGCUCUGGAAGAGUACCCCUACGGCCACGGUCCUCCUGAGCUCUGGAAGAGUACCCCCGCGGCCACGGUCCUCCUGAGCUCUGGAAGAGUACCCCUACAGCCACGGUCCUCCUGAGCUCUGGAAGAGUACCCCCGCGGCCACGGUCCUCCUGAGAUCUGGAAGAGUACCCCCACGGCCACGGUCCUCCUGAGAUCUGGAAGAGUACCCCCACGGCCACGGUCCUCCUGAGAUCUGGAAGAGUACCCCCACGGCCACGGUCCUCCUGAGCUCUGGAAGAGUACCCCUACGGCCACGGUCCUCCUGAGCUCUGGAAGAGUACCCCUACGGCCACGGUCCUCCUGAGCUCUGGAAGAGUACCCCUACGGCCACGGUCCUCCUGAGCUCUGGAAGAGUACCCCCACGGCCACGGUCCUCCUGAGAUCUGGAAGAGUACCCCCGCGGCCACGGUCCUCCUGAGCUCUGGAAGAGUACCCCCGCGGCCACGGUCCUCCUGAGCUCUGGAAGAGUACCCCUACAGCCACGGUCCUCCUGAGAUCUGGAAGAGUACCCCUACAGCCACGGUCCUCCUGAGCUCUGGAAGAGUACCCCUACAGCCACGGUCCUCCUGAGCUUUGGAAGAGUACCCCUAUGGUCGCAGCCCAAAGCCAUGACUUUCAUGAAACCGUGUGUUCUAACAGGGAGAUGAGAGGCAAAGAGAACUCUCUUGCUAAUGCUAGCCAGGGUAUGUUGGACCAUUUAAGAUUUACAGAAAAUGCCCUGCCACGUGUUCUGCAUCCUACUUCAUUGGCACAAUAAUCUAUGCAAAAGAUGAGCCACUGUGUGCAUUUCACAGAUGAGAAAUCUGAGGUUAGGCUGGAAUAUAGCUCAUUGGCUGAACUCGUAACUCUAGGCAACCUGUGCCAGGCCCUAGGAUUUAUCCUAGCACUGCAGGAAACAGGAAGACAGGAAAGGAGAAGAGGGAGGAGAGGAGGAAAGCUAAGCAGAGGCAGAGACGUGGAGAGACUUCUCUGCCAUCUCCCAGCUGGCAGGUCCCUCAAGCUGGUGCUGAAGCUCCAUCGUCAGUACGAAUCGCUCAGUGCUGAACCCGGGCUCCUUGUCCCACACAGUGACAAUGGGCAGUGAACCGUCCCCCUUCCCAUUUCCUCAGCCUGUUCUGGCCGUUUCUAACUGGUUCCCAGAAGCCUUCAAUGGAGCCAGGUGGCGAGCUGGGAGACCAUGCCAGGAUUCCUGGAACGUUAGUGCUACAAAUGUUCACAGGUUCCUGCAGCCAGUGAUUCUCAUGUGUAAGUCAAAGGACCUUGUUUCCUAAGCCCCAUCUAUAAGGUAGACAAAACAAUAAUAAUAAAGCCAGGCACGGUGGCUCACGCCUUUAAUCCCAGCACUCGGGAGGCAGAGGUAGGAGGAUCGCUGUGAGUUCACGGCCACCCUGGGACUACA